GCCAAGAAAAAGGCCAACGGAAGGGGAAAGCGCCACGUGGCUCAUCAAUAUAUAUACACACACACACACGAUCUUUCGACGAAAACUCAGAGUGAAAACGAGGUCUGAGCUUAAAAAAAAAACUCGAACAAGGAAGAAGAAGAAGAAGAUGGCAAACGAAUCUACAACGACAUGCAUAGACAUUCUGGUCGCCAUUCUCUUGCCUCCUCUCGGCGUCUUCCUCAAAUACGGCUGCAAGGCGGAGUUUUGGAUAUGUCUGGUGCUUACACUCUUUGGGUACCUUCCUGGGAUCAUAUAUGCUGUUUACGCCAUCACCAAGAACUGAUCAUCUCCAUUCAAGGAACAGAUGUGCGGCCAUGAACAUGUUGUUUUCCUCCGGAUCAAUCUUUACUUACGCUUCAAUGUCUAGUUUACCCUUUGUUGUCGUUGAGUCAAUGUUUCAUUAAUUGUUAUUGCUAAUCAAGUUUCCUUGA